AGGUCAUCAGAGCUAGUUAACAUGGCGGCUGAGUUUACAAGUCUGGAGAGUUGCUUGGAAAAACAUCUUCCACCGAAGGAGCUAGAAGAGGUGAAGAGAAUUUUAUAUGGAAAGCCAGUCAGGAAAACAAGGAAAAAUCACAUUCCUAGAAUUGGAGAUUUUAAUGAGUCAACCUACUACAUGGAAGGAGAUACAGGACACCCAGUGUUCCAGACACAGUUUGGUCGAAUUGCAGUGAAUAUUUGUUAUGGUCGUCACCACCCACUAAACUGGCUAAUGUAUGCAAUAAAUGGCGCUGAAUCUGCAACUGUAGGUGCUUUAAGUGAACCCAUGUGGCCAAUUGAGGCUCGCUGUGCAUCUAUAGCCAACAAUUACUUCACUGUGGCAAUUAACAGGAUUGGAACUGAAGUCUUUGAAAAUGAAUUUACUUCAGGGGAUGGCAAACCAGCUCAUAAGGACUUUGGUCACUUUUAUGGUUCCUCUUACGUUGCUGCUCCAGAUGGCAGUCGUACCCCAGGUUUAUCCAGAGUUAAAGAUGGCCUCCUUGUGACUGAGGUAGACUUAAACCGAUGCAGACAAGUUAAGGACCGCUGGUGUUUCCAGGUGUGUAAGGUGUAAGGUUUUUUGCUAUUUGUAGGAACUAAAAAUCACUGUGGGUCUGCUACCAACUUCAGAUUAAGUUCUGGAGGACAACUGGCCAUGGUAUGCUAUUACAUCACUGUUAAACCCACCCCCUCCCCCCAGAAUUUUGUUAAGUGUCCCUGGCAGUUUGUUUGGUACCAUUGUAUACUGCUGAGAGGAGAUGGGGCAGUGAGGGUGAAGAAUCUUCCCUAAAAACACAACACUAUGACCAGGCCAUGGUCUAAACCUGAACUUAUUGAUCCACAGUCCAGUGCCCCAACCACUGGGUCACCACUUUUCCCUUG